AUGUUAUAUCUCGCGCUCUUGCUCUAUCCUGCCCUCGUCAUUGCCCACCUACCUCAUCACCGCCGCCAAGUCACGGAUGAUAUCUCUGCAAACUUCUACCGAGUCGAGAUCGAAGCCUCAGCCUCGUGUGAUCAUGUCGGGGAGAGUGUCAUCAGCUAUUCAUCAUUCGAGAUGCUCACGCUGCGAACGACUUUGGGCGAAUUCGAUAUCAAACCGCUGAACCAAGUUCGCUCCUAUAAGAUCACCGCGCAAACGGCCUCGCAGCCUCCAGCUUGGUCACCAACAACAGUAGAGGUCUCGUUCACCGCUCACAGCGAUGCCGAUCAGCAAGAGCUAUGGUCCGAUGAAGCCAGAACAUGCUGCAAAUUCGAAGCCACAGGGAGCGGUAUCUUCGGACUGAUCGACCCCUCCUUUGAACGAACCAGUAGUGACCCACAACUGUAUGUAACGUGCGGUGGAUCAGAAACGCCACGAGGAUGCUCCAGACAGCCAAUCGUUCACCAAUGCCGAUACGGUCAGAUGGUCGUGCGCCCUGUCGAUGUCGAUGACGCAGGUUUUCCAAAGGUCCAGGCAUACAGGCUGCAAGCUCAUGCAAGCGGACAAUGCACCUUUUCUGAUUCGCAGACCCGCUUUGCUAUCAGCGGCAUCAGCACGGUUGGGCCCGUCGACGCUCAGGUCGUCACCGUCGCCAAACCGCGACAGACAGGCAGAAUAUUCGCACGCGUGGCUAUCUUUCCUGGCCGCCGACUGCGUAUAGGAGUCAUCUCUUCCUUCAUCCUAUACGAGCGCCAAAGCAUCAAGAUCAAGCUUCAAAUCCACGAUGUCGGACAAGAACAAGAAGAUUGGCAGACUACGGAGAAGCAAUGCUGUCAUCCUGUACUGUCGACUACACUCGUGCUCGGCUUUUGGACACCAUCGGCCCGCAGCUUUGCUCACGAACCACCGCGGCAGAUGUUUGUCGCUUGUCCACCCAGUUCGCUCGCCAUUGAGGUGCCGGGUUGUCAAAGACACUACGACGGCAAGGGUGAGUUCGCAUGCACGGACGUGAACCAGCUUGUGGAUGUCGUUCCCGUCGAUUGA